AUGUCCGUUUCAGAAAAGAGAGACCAUGACGCCGUUAAUGGUGAAAAUGCCAAAAGAAUUCAUUUAGACGAUCGCCAGAAGGGAUUUGCUCCUAUUAAAGCAGAAUACAUCAUUGAGAAUACAAAGGCUGAAGAGAACUAUGAUGACGAGGCAGCAGAAGGUGGAGACAGAGAAAACGAUGACAGAUCAAAGAGGAGUAAAAAAGGAAGAGGUCAAAACAAGAAAAGAGACUUGAAGCAGCAAAAAGAAGAAAUCAGAUUGUGCUCGAGUUUGCUUGAUCCUAAUGACUCUAGAGAAUGUCCUGUUGGUGCAGACAAAUGCAAAAAUACUCACGACAUUGAAUACUAUCUCUCCACCAAGCCUGCCGAUAUUGAGGGAAAGUGUCCUGUUUUCGAAGCUAUCGGAUACUGUCCUGCGGGUUUGAAGUGUAGAUGGUUGAGUAGCCAUUACAAUAAGGAAACUAAAACGCUUUUGAAAGACUUGGCUAAAAUAGAGGAGGCGAAGCUUACCAACUAUGAGAUAAACAAAAUCGAGCCUGAGCAUAGAAUUCAAUUGCAAAAAAAUAAGUAUGAGUUCAAACAAGCUACUCCUUACAUCAAGUACUUGGAUUCCUUAGUCCAAAACGAUGCCAAUAUCGCAAAGAGGCAAGAAGACAUUAAGAACAACAUUUCUACGUAUGUUGAACCUCCUUUCGCUCCUGCUGAAAAGAAGAAGAUCAAUUUGAACAGAGCAAAAAUUGUCUCGCCAUUGACUACUGUGGGAAACUUGCCCUAUCGUCGUCUUAUGAAAACUUUGGGUGCUGACGUCACCUAUAGUGAAAUGGCUCUUGCGCUUCCAUUGCUCCAAGGAACAAAACCUGAAUGGGCCUUACCAAAGGCCCAUGCUUCUGAAUACCCUGGAUUUGGUAUUCAGCUUGCCACGAACCACCAUCAGCAGGCUAGUAAAGCUGCUGAAGCCAUCUCAAGAGAAGCGCCAAAUGUUUCUGAGUUAAACCUUAACUGUGGCUGUCCAAUCGACUUACUCUAUCGUCAAGGCCAAGGUUCUGCGCUUUUAGAUCAACCAUCUAAAAUGGUCCGUAUUUUGAAUGGCAUGAAUGCUUGUUCUGGUGACAUACCUGUGACACUCAAGAUUAGAACUGGAACCAAAGAUAACAAGAACACUGCAAUUCCUCUCAUCAACAGAAUGUUGGCGGAUACACAUGUUGCCGCUAUUACCUUACACGGCCGCUCCAGGCAGCAAAGAUACACGAGAGAAGCUGAUUGGAACUACAUUGCCGAAGUUGGAAAGACCGUGCAAGAGUGGAAUCACAAAAAAGAAGAAGACAAGGAUUCAUCUGAAACAAACCCUACGUGGUUUAUUGGUAAUGGUGACUGUUUCACCUAUGAACAAUGGCACAAUGCCGUUAAUACUGAAGGAAUUGACUCUGUGAUGGUUGCAAGAGGUGCUUUGAUCAAGCCUUGGAUAUUCGAAGAAGUUGAUGCAGAGCAAUAUUUGGAUAAGAGUGCUACAGAAAGACUUGAGUAUUUGCGUACUUUUGCAAACUUCGCUGUUGAGCACUGGGGCUCUGAUGAGUACGGUAUCGAAGUGGCAAGAAGAUACAUGUGUGAGUUUAUCAGUUUCACCCACAGAUAUAUCCCAGUCGGUAUACUUGAGCGACUUCCACCCAAGUUGAACGAAAGACCUCCAAAGUGGAAGGGAAGAAAUGAAUUGGAGACAUUGUUGGGAUCUACAGACUACAAGGACUGGAUUAAAAUUACAGAGAUGAUCCUCGGUAAAGCUUCCGCAAACUUUCUGUUCAUUCCAAAACAUAAAAGUAACUCGUUCGCGAAGAACUAA